AACCACCAUCCACAAAUCGAUUCUUAUAUUCAUCAAACUCCACAUGAUGGAUACACUCUCUCGGAAUUCUCGUGAACAAAAGCAUCAUCAUCAUGAACAUGAACAUGAUCAUGAUGAUGAUGAUGACGAUCAUCAUCAAGAAGAGAGUGGAUGGACGACUUACUUGGAAGGUUUCUCAAAUCAUUACAACGUGAAUGGAGAUGGAGACUCUUGUUCCGACGUUCUCGGAUCCUCUCCCUCUCUCGUCUCCGACGCCGGCACGGGGAGAGCCUUUCAACACGUCGCCGGCGGUGGCUCUCCGGCUGGUUUUCCGGCGAGGUUGAAGUUUCGGAAAUUGGCGAGAACCAAAGAGAUUUGCGGCGAGGACGAGUCUUUGGAGGACACAGCCAGUUCUCCGGUCAAUAGCCCUAAGGUUAGUGAGUUUGAGCAGGUCCAGACAACACCUAGAAAACUCCAUGAAUACAUCAGUUCUAGUUUCGUUAUGGGAAAUGGACGCAUCCCGGAUCAAAUCCAUGGGGAUGGAGAAAGAAACAUUAAGAACAAUCUCAAAGAUGCCAAGAACGAUCUGAGGAGUAAAGGACUUUGCUUGGUCCCUAUUUCCAUGUUGGCUAAUUAUAAUCCUUGACUUCAUUAAUCGUGUCGGUCCAUUAAUUAGUGUUUUAUAUAUGUACGUACAAACCCAUGUAAAUGCAUACAUACAUACAUAUAUAUAUAUACACCUAGACAAAUGUGUACACACAUAUAUGUUAUUUAUCUCCAUAUAUGUUUAUAUAUACAUAUAUGUGUCUUGUGGAUGUAUGUACAUGCAGUGUCUAUGUUGAGUAGAAAUAUGAAUAAAUACUUGUGAGAGCUUUGUCCUA